AUGAAUAGUGAAAAACAGAAGCCCAUGCAAGACUUAAAUUCUUCAAAGGAAAGGCGGCGCAUCAUUUUUCAACUGGAUAGAAUCUGGGGUUGGCUGGCGAGUUUUACUACCAUUUUAGAAGCGAUGAAAAGUAGCUACAAGCCCCUUCGAUUCCAGAAGUAUCAAACUGGCAACAUCACGUGCAGCCCCGACGAGUUCACCUGCUCCAGCGGCCGCUGCAUCUCCAGGAAUUUCGUCUGCAACGGCCAGGACGACUGCAGCGACGGCAGCGACGAGCUGGACUGCGCGCCCCCGACGUGCGGUGCGCACGAGUUCCAGUGCAGCACCUCGUCCUGCAUCCCCCUCAGCUGGGUGUGCGACGACGAUGCCGACUGCUCCGACCAGUCGGACGAGUCCCUGGAGCAGUGCGGCCGCCAGCCGGUGAUGCACACCAAGUGCCCGGCCAGCGAGACCCAGUGCGGCUCCGGCGAGUGCAUCCACAAGAAGUGGCGCUGCGACGGGGACCCCGACUGCAAAGACGGUAGCGACGAAGUCAACUGUCCUUCGCGAACCUGCCGCCCUGACCAGUUUGAGUGUGAGGACGGGAGCUGCAUCCACGGCAGCAGGCAGUGCAACGGUAUCCGGGACUGUGUGGACGGCUCCGAUGAGGUCAACUGCAAAAAUGUCAAUCAGUGCUUAGGCCCUGGCAAGUUCAAGUGCAGAAGUGGGGAGUGCAUAGAUAUCGGUAAAGUAUGUAACCAGGAGCAGGACUGCAGGGACUGGAGUGACGAGCCCCUGAAGGAAUGUCAUGUAAACGAAUGCUUGGUCAAUAAUGGUGGCUGUUCUCACAUCUGCAAAGACCUCGUUAUAGGCUACGAAUGUGACUGCGCAGCUGGGUUUGAACUGAUAGAUAAGAAAAUCUGUGGAGAUAUUGAUGAAUGCCAAAAUCCGGGAAUCUGCAGCCAAAUUUGUAUCAACUUAAAAGGCGGUUACAAGUGUGAAUGUAGUCGGGGCUAUCAGAUGGAUCUUGCCACUGGCGUGUGCAAGGCAGUAGGCAAAGAGCCAAGUCUGAUCUUCACGAAUCGAAGAGACAUCCGGAAGAUUGGCUUGGAGAGGAAGGAGUAUAUCCAGCUGGUUGAACAGCUAAGAAACACUGUCGCUCUUGAUGCAGACAUCGCUGCUCAGAAACUGUUCUGGGCUGAUCUCAGCCAGAAGGCCAUCUUCAGUGCCUCAAUUGAUGACAAGGUUGGUAGACAUGUUAAAAUGAUCGACAAUGUCUAUAAUCCCGCGGCCAUUGCUGUCGAUUGGGUGUACAAGACCAUCUACUGGACUGAUGUGGCUUCUAAGACCAUUUCAGUAGCUACCCUUGAUGGAACCAAGAGGAAGUUCCUGUUUAACUCUGACUUGCGGGAGCCUGCCUCCAUAGCUGUGGACCCACUGUCUGGCUUUGUGUACUGGUCAGACUGGGGAGAACCAGCUAAAAUAGAAAAAGCAGGAAUGAAUGGAUUUGAUAGGCGGGCCCUGGUGACAGUGGACAUCCAAUGGCCUAAUGGAAUUACACUCGACCUUAUCAAGAGUCGUCUCUACUGGCUUGACUCCAAGUUGCACAUGCUGUCCAGUGUGGACUUGAAUGGCCAAGAUCGCAGGAUUGUCCUCAAGUCUCUGGAGUUCCUAGCUCAUCCUCUCGCGCUGACCAUAUUUGAGGAUCGUGUCUACUGGAUAGAUGGGGAAAAUGAAGCAGUCUACGGGGCCAAUAAAUUCACUGGGUCAGAGCUGGCCACUCUGGUCAACAACCUUAAUGAUGCCCAAGACAUCAUUGUCUAUCACGAACUCGUCCAGCCAUCAGGUAAAAACUGGUGUGAAGAAGACAUGCCGAACGGAGGCUGUGAAUACUUGUGCCUGCCAGCGCCACAAAUUAAUGAUCACUCUCCAAAAUACACCUGUUCCUGUCCCAAUGGGUACAAUCUGGAGGAGAAAGGCCGGGAGUGCCACAGGAUCAAUGUGACCACAGCAGUAUCAGAGGCCACUGUCCCCCCGAAAGGCACCUCAGCUGCCUGGGCCAUCCUUCCUCUCUUGCUCUUGGCGAUGGCAGCGGUAGGUGGCUACUUGAUGUGGCAGAAUUGGCAGCACAAGAACAUGAAAAGCAUGAACUUUGACAAUCCUGUGUACUUGAAGACUACCGAAGAGGACCUGUCAAUAGACAUUGGUAGACACAGUGCUUCUGUUGGACACACAUACCCAGCAAUAUCGGUUGUAAGCACAGACGAUGACCUAGCUUGACUUCAGAGACGAGUCUUGACCUCUGAGGUCUAAAACCAAUAACCCUCCACUUCGGAAUGGUAACCGAGCCACAGUCUGAAGUCUUUCUUCCUCCAGUCUGGAAGAACAUCAAGAUAUCUUUACAUGGAUCAAGCUUGUAUACUUGACCGUUUUUAUAUUACUUUUGUAAAUAUUCCUGUCCACAUUCUACUUCAGCUUCGGAUGUGGUUACCAAGUAUCUAACCCUUGAGUUUCUAGACAGUAUUGCCACAUCUGGCCAAAUAUGCACUUUCCCUAGAAAGCCAUAUUCCAGCAAGGACACCCACUUGUGCUAUAGUGUAUUCCAUCUGUACAUACACUGUAUAGGCCAUCUGUAAAUAUCCCAGAGAACAAUCACUAUUCUUAAGCACUUUGAAAAUAUUUCUAUGUAAAUUAUUGUAAACUUUUUCAAUGGUUGGGACAAUGGCAAUAGGAUAAAACGGGUUACUAAGAUGAAAUUGCCAAAAAAUUUGUAAACUAAUUUUGUACGUAUGAAUGAAAUCUUUGACCUCAGUGGAGGUCUGCAAAGACUGAGUGUUCAAACUACUGUACAUUUUUUUUCAAGUGCUAAAACAAUUAAACCAAGCAGCUUAACCAUG